AUGAGUUUGUUUGUAGGUAAUAUCAGCAGAAAUGUUGAUUAAAAGACUAUAGAAUCAGCAUUUACUGCAUUUGGACCUUGCAAGUUUGAAUUUAGACAUAGAUACGCCUUUGUCCAAUACACAAGAGAUAAAGAUGGUGAAGCUGCUAAAAAUGAAUUGCAUAAUAAGGAUUUCGGAGGUUUAAAGCUUAAUGUCGAAUGGUCAAAGAAAUCAGGUAGAUUUGAUGAAAAUGAUAGAAAAGAAUCAAAUAGAAGAAAUAGCAGAUCCAGAAGUGAAACCAGAGGUGGUGGGAGAAGAUCUCCUUCUUGGGGAAGAAAAAGAAGAAGUUCUCCUAGAUAUAGAAGAUCUGCAUCUAACUCUGUUUACAGCGAUGACUGCCCUCGUGAUAAAGAGUUGAAAAAAAGAUUAGAAGAACUUAAAGAAUAAAAGAAAAACAAGAAAGAUAAGAAGGAUUCAAAGGAGAGAAAAGACAAGGACGUUAAAGAAUCAAAAGAUGGAAAUAAAGACAUAAAAGAAAAUAAGGAUUCAAGAGAAAAUAAAGAAAAUAAAGAGAGUAAAGAUAACAAAGACAGAGAAAGAGAAAGAGAUAGAGAUGGCAAAGAGAAAAAAGAAAAAAAGGAGAAAAAGCAUAAAGAUAGAAGCAGAGAACGUAAAAGAUCUAAAAGUCCUAAAAGAAGAGAUACAAGAGAAGAUAGUUAUAGAUAAGACAAUAACAUGGAUAUCCCAAUGCCCAAUUGA